UCUUGAAUCACCGUUCACCACCCAAGAGACACCUCAUCCUGUCUCGUCUCGUCUCUUUAGGAACGCAUAGUAGAGAACCAUCCGAUCGAGAAAAUAUAAAGCUAAAAGCAUAUCAUAUCAUUCAUUCUUUGGCUUCUACAAAAGAAUAAACUCUCUCUCUCUUUCCCCAUCUCUCUCUCCUGAAAUUUUUCCGAAACAUCCCAUCAACAAUUUCUAUAACCCCUCGCUCGGAUCAUCUGUUUUCCCGAGAAACAAUCACCUGAUUAUCCAUUUGAUCAGAUACCCAUUUCCCAUACCCUUCAAUUUGAUCGGAUUUUUUUUUCUUUUUUCUUUUUUUUUUCUUCUGAUUUUCACAUGGGCUUUGAGGAAUCUUGGGUUUCUCUGACAUGUGUGAGAUUUAAAGGUUGCUGAUCGGUUUAUAUAGAAUUCAAGUUAAGAUCUUCUUCUCUGCCUAAAUUUGGGCACUGCAUAAUUAAGCAGUGCCCAUGGACGCCACUACGAGUGGAACCCCAACUAUUCAAUACCAUAGCAUUCCUGAGCAAUCAAUUGCUGCUCUUGUGGCCUCGACUGUACCGACAUUUCCACGACAGCAACGUCAUUGCUUCGGGGAUGCAAGUCCGGGAGAGUUCCCAUUGUCAACCAAUCCCUCCAUUGUCCUUCAUGUCCUUACUGGCUGUAAUUUGGAUCCUCAAGAUCUUGCAAUACUAGAGGCAACAUGUUCCUUCUUCAGGCAGCCUGCAAACUUUGCCCCUGAUCAUGAGCUGUCCUUGUCGGAGCUCGCGGCACUAGAUAUGUGCCAGAAGAGAGCCAUAUUUAAGCCAAUGAAGGCUGAGGAACGCCAAGAGUUGAAGCAAAGAUGUGGUGGCUCCUGGAAACUGGUCCUGAGGUUCUUACUGGCUGGAGAAGCAUGUUCCAGGAGGGAGAAAUCACAAGCAAUAGCAGGGCCAGGUCACAGUCUUGCUGUGACAUCCAAAGGUGCUGUGUACUCGUUCGGGUCUAACAACUCUGGACAGCUUGGUCACGGCACCACAGAAGAGGAGUGGCGACCUCGCCAAAUCAGAUCUCUGCAAGGCAUUCGUAUUAUCCAAGCCACUGCUGGGGCUGGCCGGACAAUGCUGAUCAGCGAUGCUGGCCAUGUCUAUGCCUUUGGAAAAGAUUCCUUUGGGGAAGUUGAGUAUGGGGUUCAAGGAAGUAAAUUAGUUUCAACCCCGCAACUGGUGGAGUCCUUGAAAAACAUAUUUGUGGUGCAAGCUGCAAUUGGAAAUUUCUUCACGGCAGUAUUGUCAAGAGAAGGUAGGGUGUAUACAUUUUCUUGGGGCACUGAUGGCAAACUUGGUCAUCACACAGAGCCAAGUGAUUUAGAGCCCCGUCCUUUAUUGGGCGCACUUGAGAACAUACCGGUGGUGCAAAUUGCCGCUGGAUACUGCUACCUUCUCGCUUUGGCUUGUCAACCUAGUGGCAUGUCAGUAUACUCUGUUGGUUGUGGCCUGGGCGGGAAGCUCGGGCAUGGUACAAGAACCGAUGAGAAGUACCCAAGAUUGAUUGAACAAUUUCAAACUUUGAAUCUCCAGCCUGUGGUGGUUGCUGCUGGUGCUUGGCAUGCUGCAGUGGUUGGGAAGGACGGGAGGGUCUGCACGUGGGGUUGGGGGCGCUAUGGGUGCUUGGGUCAUGGGAACGAAGAGUGUGAAUCAGUUCCUAAAGUUGUGGAAGCAUUAAGUGAGGUCAAGGCUGUUUAUGUUGCUACAGGGGAUUAUACGACCUUUGUGGUGUCUGAUGAUGGAGAUGUAUACUCAUUUGGAUGUGGAGAAUCGUCUAGUCUUGGACACAAUACUGGGGCUGCUGAUGAACAGGGAAAUAGGCACACGAAUGUUUUAAGUCCAGAGAUGGUAACAUCGCUGAAGCAGGUGAACGAGCGGGUAGUACAGAUAAGCCUUACAAAUUCCAUAUACUGGAAUGCCCACACUUUCGCGCUUACUGAAUCCGGUAAGCUAUUUGCAUUCGGCGCGGGUGACAAAGGGCAGCUUGGUGUGGAACUUGUUGCCAACCAGACAGAAAGAGGAAAGCCAGAAAGGGUCGACAUUGAUCUCAGUUAGCCAUCAGUGACUCCCUCGCUCUCUCUUACACCUAUGCCCUCUCUCCUAAUUUAUUAUCGUCAUUAAUCAUCAUGAUUUGCAUAUUGUGUUUAUAUUUCCAUGUCAGUUCUUGUACAUAGAAACAAAGGAUUGUGAAGAAUCAGCUAGGAAGAAAGGGGCCUAUGCAUAUGCUGCAUUGUUAACCUAUCAAAAAUUGUUAGAAGACGGGCCUCAACCAGUAAAUAGUUGAUAAAUUUGUCCAGGUUCAUUUGUUAA